UAUAUUGAGCAGUGCGCUGAUACGUGAGCCAGUUUCCAUGCGACCUCGCUAGCGAGAGGAGCUUAACCAAGAAUAAGUAUAAAGUACAUAUCAACACCAUGCUGCCAAUUGGAAAUGAAGAGGAGUCUCUGCGGUGCGCAGGGUUUUGCGAUUGCCGCUUUCCUAAUUCCAUAGACGUAGCCAAUACGAAGGCCCACAUUCCAGAUAUGGUCAAGUGUCGUUGCGGUGAGGACAGCGGUAAUGGCAAUGAGUGGCAGUGGCAUGCGAGCAACGAAGCCGAUGCGCAAAUCCACGGCAGAGAUAUCAUAUUCCAUCCAACAUAUAGCCAAGGCACUGCCAUUGUGCGUGGCGAACAGCCGUUGCACCAGGACAAAGUACAUUUCUGGGAGAUGCGCGUCAUCACAGCGUUGGCGGGAACAGAUGUGAUGUUUGGUAUAGGCACCGAUAAUGUUGAUCUUCAGCAAUUUAAAUUUCACUUUGUCUCCGCAUUGGGUACCAAUGCUCAAUCUUGGGGCUACUCCUAUAAUGGGAGAAUACAACAUUGCGGAGAGCAGCUGCCUUUCGGACAAAAGUUCUCGCAGGGCUGUUUAGUGGGUGUCUAUCUGGAUCGAACACGUGGUUAUUUGGAGUUCUAUCUAAAUCGCCGCUCGUUGGGCGUUGCCUAUACAUGCAUUCCCCAACAUGCUAAAAUCUAUCCUAUGGUCUGCUCUACAGCUGCUAAGUCGGUUAUACGCUUGAUUAAUUCCACAUCGCAGUCGGUCACGUUACAGCUUCUAGCGUUUCGAGCGCUCGCCAAACAGCCACACAAAGUGGAAGAACUGCGUCAAAUGCCCGGCUUGAUUAGCAUCAUGAAAUCAUAUUGGUUUCUGGCGCCACCCGUACGCUACUCGCGCUGCUCCAAAGAAAAUGAACUCGAUCUGGGUGAUGAGGCGGUGCUUUCCAGCGCGAAGCUAAGAUUAAGCCGUAAACAAAAAUACACAGAUGAUGUCAACAUUGACGAUGACGAUUUGUAUGCGAACGCGCACAAAAUCGCUUUGCGGCAUUCGGACAGCGGCGACGAGGAAUACACCACGUCUAUACAUGAGUUCUGCGAUGAAUACUUUCAUUACUUAUUGUAGAUUGUAAA